AUGCUCAAAUCACAAUUGAUCAAAGCCUCCGUCGUGAGCAAAAAUUCAACGUCUAUUGCCAAGCAAACGUUGAUGAAGGCAUCAAAGAAAUCUUUCCAUGCUACGACCAACAAUACUAUUGGGUUCUCUUCCAAGAUGAGUAGCAAUAUUAUUCAAGCUUCCUCGCAGCAAAGAAUGAUGAGCACAAGCCAAAUCUUGAAAAACAGCAACUCGUCCAUGCCAUCCGAUAGCUUUGCUUGGGUUGGAUCAAACUCCCAAUAUCUGGAAGAGCUGGAACUUGCUUGGAGAAUGAAUCCAAACAGUGUUUCUGCCGAAUGGCAAAAUUAUUUUGCUUCCCUCUCGCAAACCGGUGGAGCACAACGUGUCUCCUCUUCUCACAAGCUUCUUUUGCCUCCUCUCCUGAAGUUGGAGCACAAGUUGGAUCCAUUAGGAAUGUUUGCUGCUGACCUUGAUUUUCAUGAUAUUCCUCAAUUGCGUAUUGAAAACUAUCCAUACCUUUCCAAGAUGGAUCCAAACACACCAAUCGAUUUAUCGCAAGAUUUAAUCAAGGGAUUCCUCUCUUCUUCUCUUUCUCCAAACAACAAGCCAAUGACUUUACAAACGUUGUUGCAAAGACUUCAAGAAACAUAUUGCGGAACUAUCGGAUGGGAAUAUAUGCACAUUAAUGACAGAGAGGUUUGCAACUGGUUGCGUGAAAGAAUUGAAACACCAACUCAAGUUGACCUCACAUCUGAUGAAAAGAAAGUUCUCUUAGAAAGAUUGAGUUACAGUCAUAUGUUCGAAGAAUAUUUGGCAAACAAAUUCCCAACAACAAAGAGAUUUGGCUUGGAAGGUUGUGAAUCUUUAAUUCCAGGUCUCAAGAGUUUGAUUGAUGUCUCAUCAUCAUUAGGUGUGGAUUCAUUUGUUAUUGGUAUGCCACACAGAGGUCGUUUGAACGUAUUGGCAAACGUAAUGAGAAAACCCUUGGCACAAAUCUUUAGGGAAUUCUUAGGUAAAACUGAAAACAAGUUAGGAUCUGGUGAUGUCAAAUAUCACUUGGGUACAUCUUGCAAACGUUACCUUCCUUUCACAAAGAAGGAUGUUGAACUUUCUCUUGUUCCAAAUCCAUCUCACUUGGAAGCUGUGAAUCCAGUUGUUGAAGGAAAGGUGAGAGCAAAACAAGUUUUCAUGAAGGACUCUAAGAGAGAAAGAGUUUUACCAAUUCUGCUUCAUGGUGAUGCUGCUUUUGCUGGACAAGGUGUUGUUUAUGAAACAAUGGGAUUGAGUCAAUUGGAAGAGUAUGGAACCGGUGGUACUGUUCAUGUUGUAGUCAACAACCAAAUUGGUUUUACAACUAAUCCUAAAAACUCAAGAUCAACAUCAUACUGUACUGAUAUUGCCAAAUUCCUUAAUGCACCAAUUUUCCAUGUUGAUGGAGAUGACGCAACUGCCGUUGUCAAGGUAUUUAAAUUGGCUGCUGAGUACAGACAAAAGUUCCAUGCUGACGUUGUGAUUGAUAUUGUUUGUUAUCGUAAGAGAGGUCAUAACGAGUUGGACGAACCAAUGUUUACACAACCCCUUAUGUACAAGGCAAUCGCCAAACAAGAGCCAAUCAUUAGCAAAUAUCGUAAGCAACUUUUGAAGGAAGGAGUUGUUACUGAAGAACAUAUUAAGCAAGUCGAAGAGCAAGUUAAGACUACCUUUGACUUGGAAUUUGCUAGAGCAAAGACUGAUGAAAAGUUGGAUGUUACAGGAGAAGUUUGGUAUUUACAAGGAAGUAAGUGGGAUAGAAUGAAGACUCCACACGACUAUUCUGCAAUCAGAACAACUGGCGUUCCACUCGCUGAGUUAAAGAAGCUUGGUAAACAGGUUUCAUCCUUGCCAGAAACUGGCUUCACACCACAUAAGGGCGUAGCUCGUGUUUACAAUCAAAGAUCUCAAAUGAUCGAAACCGGUGAGGGUUUAGAUUGGGGAAUGGGAGAAACUCUUGCUUAUGCAACUCUUUUGAAAGAAGGAUUCCAUGUAAGAAUCAGCGGUCAAGAUGUUGAAAGAGGUACCUUCUCACAUAGACAUGCUGUUGUUAUUGACCAAGAGAACGAAAACAGAUAUAUUCCACUCAAAAAUGUUAAUCCAAAUGUUGAAUUCACUAUUGCCAAUUCAAGCUUGAGCGAGUUUGGUGUUCUUGGAUUCGAAUAUGGUUAUUCAAUGGAAUCUCCCAACCAACUCGUAAUUUGGGAAGGUCAAUUUGGUGACUUUGCCAAUGGUGCUUCCAUCAUUGUUGACCAAUUCCUUUCAUGCGCUGAACAAAAAUGGAUGAGAUCAUCAGGACUCACACUCCUUCUUCCACAUGGUUAUGAAGGCCAAGGACCAGAACACAGUAAUGCUAGAAUGGAACGUUAUUUGCAACUUUGUGAUGAAGAUGAUGAAACACUUCCAGAAAAGGAUGCAAGCAAAACACUUCAAAUUCAACAAACAAACAUGCAAGUUGUAAACUGCACAACACCAGCCAACUUUUAUCAUGUCUUGAGAAGACAAUUACAUCGUGACUUUAGAAAGCCUUUGGUUGUGUUUACACCAAAGAGUUUGCUUAGAUUGAAGGAGGCUGCCUCAACAUUGGCUGAAAUGGCUGAGGGUACAUCAUUUAGGCAAGUGAUUGACGAUGAAACGGGAGCAAUCAACGAUCCAAAGAACGUCAAGCGAGUUGUUCUAUGCUCAGGAAAAGUUUAUUACGAUCUUCUUGCUGCCAGAACUCAAAAGAAUAUUGAUAACAUUGCACUUGUGCGUGUUGAACAAUUGGCUCCAUUCCCAUUCCACAAGAUCAUUGAAAUUAUGGAUAAAUACUCGAAUGCUGAGGUUACUUGGUGUCAGGAAGAGCCAAAGAAUUAUGGAGCUUGGUUACACGUUUAUCCAAGAUUAAAGACAUGCCUCAAGCAUGCUCAUGGCAAGAAGCACAAGCAGACAGAUUUCAAAUACUUUGGUAGAAAGAUUUCUGCUUCUCCUGCAACCGGUUAUGCUUCGAAACACAACCAGGAGCAAGAAGAACUGGUGACUCAUGCAUUAACUCUUUAA